UGGCAUCCAUUAGGAAUGCAAAAUAUAGAAGUGUGGGAUUUUGGAGAACAGGUGUGCUCUGAGAGCCUCAUUUUACUUGGCUGGAGAACACAGCCCGAAGAAAUUAAUUUCCAUGCCAUGUUUUGUAUGUCUAUCUCUUUUCCAGAAACAGUUAUAAGGAAAAUGAAGCCCAUCUUCUCCUUGUGUUUAUUGCUGGCUGGUUUGUAUACUGUUUCCCAGUGUCAUCAGCAUCCUCAGUACCGCAAUAAGCAGGAUGGUCCUAAAGGGGCACGCUACCCAGGACGCAGCUCUCAUGGGGAAGGAGUUUAUUCAGUUAAGAACAAAACCUUUGUCAAACUAGCUUCCAGCAAUGCUGACUUUGCAUUUUCAUUUUACAAGCUGGUCACAUCUGAAGCAACCGAUCAAAAUAUUUUCUUUUCACCCAUAAGCAUCUCUGCUUCCUUUGCAAUGCUGGCACUUGGUGCUAAGUCAGCGACACUGACACAGAUUCUGGAAGGGCUUGCCUUUGACCUGAAAAAGAUUCAGGAGCAGGAAAUACAUGAAGGUUUUUGCCAACUCCUCCACAUGCUGAACCGCUCAGACAGCGAGCUCCAGCUGAGCCUGGGUAAUGCCCUUUUUAUAGAAGAGACGCUAAAACCACUACAGAAGUUCUUGGAUGAUGUCAAAAGCUUUUAUGAAUCUGAAGUCUUUUCUACUGACUUUAACAACUCCUCUGGCGCUGAGAAUCAGAUCAACAAUUAUAUUGAGGAAAAGACAAAUGGGAAAAUUGUUAAGCUAGUGGAAAAUCUUGAUCCUCUCACUGCAAUCAUUCUUGUUAACUAUGUCUUCUUUAAAGCCCAUUGGGAGAAACCUUUCAGUACUUCAUAUACAAAAAAGGAGGAUUUUUUUGUGGAUCCAAAGACAUCUGUAAAAGUUGACAUGAUGUACCGGAAGGGUUACUACAGAACUUACUUUGAUGAAGAGCUGUCCUGUUGGCUGGUUCAGAUACCUUACAAUGGAAAUGCCGCAGCAUUAUUUAUUUUGCCCGAUGAAGGGAAGAUGAAGCAGGUGGAAGAUGCUCUCUUGAAAAAGACUGUAUCUAAAUGGCAAAAGUUCCUCCAAGAACGAAAAAUACAUCUGCACAUUCCAAAAUUUUCUAUUUCUGGUACCUAUGAUGUGAAAAAGAUAGUCAGACAAGUGGGUAUGAUUGAUCUAUUCACCCCACAAGCGGAUCUGUCAGGGAUUACUGAGGAGUCUGGACUGAUGGUUUCAAAAGUGAUCCACAGAGCCAUGCUGAAUGUUCACGAGAAUGGCACUGAAGCAGCGGGGGCCACAGUGAAGGAUAUUACCUGGAGAUCUGGUGAUUUUCCUCAGCCGCCUCGAGUCAGAUUCAACAGGCCCUUUCUCCUGGUGAUUCUGGAUAAAUACACCCGCACCAUCCUCUUCAUAGGGAAAAUUGUAAACCCUCUGAAAAAUAACUGAUUGACAUUGAGGACAUGCACUUACAGACAUCUCUGGCUAAAUUCCUGUGAUCCAGCAAAACGUUUAUGUGUGUCUAUCACUACAUACUAGUGCUCCUCUUUCAACCAUUAUCCUUAUAUACAUUAUUAAUCCCUUAAAACACAAAAACUAUUUUACCUUGUCCCAAAGUCACUGGUAUUUCCCCCAGUCUACAGCCAGGUAUAGCUUGUAGUGUUAAUGAAAUACAAGUCACUUUUCACCAGUUUUGUAAGAAGCCCUUCCUGACAUGCUCCCAUGGGAUAUUUGAGAUGGUUCAAAGUCUCCAGAUGAUGUAGCUAUUGCUGUACACUCAGUGUGUGUAUGAAAGAGCAGGAGAAGUGAAAGGGGGAAAAAGAGGUGCAAGGUGUUAAGUGUUAUUUAAUCCACUAACCUUUGAUGAUCAGUGUUAAAUGCAGAUUCCCUUAAUAUUGAAGAGAAUUUCCAUUAACAACUUUGGUUUUUAACCAAGUAUGAUAUGAAGCUGCAGGGUCAGUGACUGGGACGCUGGAGGACAUACCACUGUAAAGGGUUGAUGAGUGCAGCUGUUUUAACUUGCCUCCUCCUGCCGCCUCCUCAGUGGAAGCCCUCCUCAAGAUUUGCUUUACAAAUAAUGUUUAUUCUGCCAAGGAAGGAAGCCAUACCAACAAAAAGACUCUGUUUUACUUUGCUAAUAUAGCUAUUGCUGCCAAUGCCCUGAGAUAAAAGUAUGGUGGAGCCGUCCAUAACACAGCACCAAUUUCCUUUUCAUGGAUUUGUUGUCACCAUCAUUUUUCUUUUCUCCUGCUGACACUGCCUUCACUGUCACACUUUCCAGCUAGACUUGUCAGACUGUGGUAGAAAAGCAGAGGAAUGAAAAACUGUAACUUCAGAGAGUUUGUAUUUCCUCAGUAAGAACAGCAGAGCUUUUCUAGGGACUUUUAACAUGCAUUAAACUGUCAUAGACAAACUUACAAAAUGUAGGUAAUACUUGAGAAGUCACCUUUCUAAAUGUUAGCAGUGGAUUAUAGAGUAAAAGUAUACUGUGAAUUGA